AUGAAUGAAAAUACGUGCCCGCGGCCUCGGCAGUACAGACAGGCCAGCAAAACAGACCCCCGCGGCAAGAAGCACGGGAUCCGCACCCCUCCUGGGCCAGCCCAGCUCACGGGAACGGGCCUGGGCCCAGCACCGGCUGCCCGGGAACCACCGCUACCUCAGCGGAUCGCCGGGGGGCUCCGCGCGGCCCUGAGGCGCUGCCUCUUCUCCCCUCAGCGAGCGGGGCGGCCCAGAGGCCUCUUCCUGGCCCGGAGGCCUCUCCCCUCAGCGGGCGGGGCGGCCCGGAGGGGCGGCAGAGAUCAUGAAAACAAAGCUUCGAGCUUGCCACAGGAUCACUAUCUUGAUUCAUCUUGGAGAGCAGACAACAGUCUUCCAUGGACGUUGGACAGCAGCAUUAGUGAAGAAAACAGGUCUGUCAUUGAGAAAAUGUUGCUGGAAGAAGAAUAUUACUUAUCUAAUAAAUCAUUUUCUGAAAAAAUAUGGCCCAACCAAAAGGAAGUGAAGAAAAGACCUAUGAAAAGCCCACAUAAGAAAACUGCAAGAGUUGUGGUGCGAUCACCUUCAAAAUCAGCCAGCUGCUCAUUAAAGUGGACAUCAGAAGAAAAAGAACUGUUUGAACAAGGGCUGGUGAAAUUUGGACGCAGGUGGACGAAAAUUGCCAAGCUGAUUGGAAGUCGUACUGUGCUCCAAGUGAAGAGCUAUGCCCGGCAGCAUCUUAAGAACAAGGCAAAAAAUGAUGAUUCUGAAAAAGAAGAGCCAAGUGAGUUUGGCAGCAAUGGGAUAAGGGUAGAAGAAUGGUCAUCUAGAAACUCGAGAAGCUGUGCAAACCCCCAUCUGAACGCAGUGAAAAUCGAAAAGCUGUCAGAUGAUGAAGAAAUAGACAUAACUGAUGACAUGGAUGAACUACUUUCUCCUACCUGCCAGCAAGAAACUGGAAAAUCUGAAUUUUCUGUUAUUUCAAAAAGUCCAGUUGAAGAAAUGAAAGGAAUGAAACAACAGUGCUCAUUUUUUGGACACAGUUCUGCAAUUUCUUUACCCAAAGAAGACCCUCAACAGACCAAGCAAGAUACAGUGGAUGCAUUGGUAUUUCCACGUGUUGCAGCAACAUGUUCUCAGCACCUGAGCAGUGAUAAAUCUGUGAACUUAGAUUACCAGCAAUACGAUAAUUUUAUUGAGAAAGCUGAACAAGGCAGACUGGUAACAUCUUGUGGGACUAGACAAGUAACUGAUCAGGAGCUUAAGGAGGAACAGAGAGACUUGGGUGAUAAUGGAUUGCUUUUUCCUUCUUGCCAAGCAGACGAAGAUCGUCAAGAAGAAGCAGAGGAGCUUAAGCCACCUGACCAAGAAGUGGAGGUUGACAGAAGCAUCGUUCUGGAAGAAGAGAAGCAAGCUUUUCCUGAAUUUUUUGAAGGGCGCCAGGCCAAAACACCAGAGCGUUAUUUGAAAAUCAGGAAUCAUAUUUUGAAUCAAUGGGAGAGAUGUAAACCCAAAUAUCUGAAUAAGACUUCAGUGCGUCCAGGCCUUAAGAACUGUGGUGAUGUUAACUGCAUUGGACGGAUCCACACAUACUUGGAAUUAAUAGGAGCAAUUAACUUUGGCUGUGAACAGGCUGUCUAUAACCGACCCCAACCAGCUGAUAAAACACGGUCCAGAGAAGGCAAGGACACAGCAGAAGCCUACCAGCUGGCUCAGCGCUUGCAGUCCAUGCGUACGAGACGGCGGCGAGUGCGGGACCCUUGGGGAAACUGGUGUGAUGCAAAGGAUUUGGAAGGACAGACAUUUGAGCAUCUGUCUGCUGAAGAAUUAGCAAGAAGAAGAGAGGAAGAAAAACUGAAACCUGCAAAAUCUUCUAAAGCUUCAAGACAAAUAAAAAGUUCCUUUGAUCCCUUUCAGCUGAUACCGUGCUGUUUAUUCACUGAAGAAAAACAGGAACCUUUUCAGGUGAAGGUGUCUUCUGAAGCCCUUUUAAUAAUGGAUCUGCAUUCUCACGUGUCUAUGGCAGAAGUCAUAGGGCUGCUGGGUGGAAGAUACUCUGAAGCUGAUAAAAUUGUACAAGUGUGUGCAGCAGAACCAUGCAAUAGUCUCAGUACAGGACUGCAGUGUGAGAUGGAUCCAGUGUCUCAGACACAGGCCUCAGAAGCGCUGGCUGCCCGAGGCUACAGCGUGAUCGGAUGGUACCAUUCCCACCCUGCCUUUGACCCCAACCCCUCCAUCCGAGAUAUUGACACUCAGGCUAAAUACCAGAGUUACUUCUCCAGGGGUGGUGCCAUGUUCAUUGGAAUGAUUAUAAGUCCUUACAACCGAAAUAAUCCUCUUCCAUAUUCCCAGAUGACUUGUCUGGUGAUUAGCAAUGAGAUCAGUUCUGAUGGUUCCUACCGCCUGCCCUACAAAUUUGAAGUACAGCAGAUGUUGGAGGAGCCUCAGUGGGAAUUAAUAUUUGAAAAAACAAGAUGGAUAAUUGAAAAAUACAGAUGCUGCCAUAGCAGUGUCCCCAUGAAUAAGAUUUUUCAUAGAGAUUCUAACUUGACUUGUUUGCAGAAACUUUUGGAGUGCAUGAGGAGGACUUUGGGCAAAGUAACAAACUGCUUCGUUGCUGAAGAAUUAUUGACUCAGAUAGAAAAUUUAUUUCUUUCCACAUACAAGAGUGAGGAAAAGAGGAAUGCUGAAGAAAAUAAGAAUGACUCUUCGAAUGAAUUGCCAGUGUGA